AUGUCUCAGUCGUAUCUUUUCAAGCCGCUCAAGAUUGGCCAUGUCGAAGUCAAGCAUCGCAUCGGCAUGGCUCCCCUCACACGGUUUCGAGCGACCGAUGCCCGAGUUCCCACGCCAAUGAUGAAGGAGUACUAUAGCCAACGGGCCUCUGUACCAGGUACCUUGAUCAUUACCGAAGGCACGUUUGUCUCAGCCAACUGCGGAGGCUUCAACAAUGCCCCGGGCAUCUGGCACGAGGAUCAAAUUGCCGCGUGGAGAGAAAUCACCGACGAAGUCCACCGGAGACAAAGUUUCAUCUUUUGUCAGCUCUUUGCCAUGGGCCGCGCUGCGGUGGCCGAGGUGGCUGAGGCAGAGGGCUUUCCGAUUGUUGGGCCCAGCGCCAUCACCUUUGAUGAUAGCGCAGUCGUACCGAGGGCCAUGACCAUCGAGGAGAUCAAGCAAACUGUUCUUGACUUUGCACAAGCUGCAAGAAACGCGGUGCGUGCGGGGUUCGACGGCGUUGAAAUCCACGGAGCGAACGGCUACUUGAUCGACCAAUUCGUUCAAGACGUUAGUAACAAGCGUGACGAUUCGUACGGCGGCAGCAUUGAAAACAGAAGCCGCAUUGUCGACGAAAUCAUGCAAGCUGUCAACCAAGCUAUCGGAAAAGAGCGAGUCGGGCUCCGCCUGAGUCCUUGGAGUACCUUUCAAGGCAUGCGAAUGGACAAUCCGACCCCUCAGUUCACGGACGUCAUUCGCAAGGCAACUGAAGCAGACAUAGCUUAUCUCCAUGUUGUAGAGGCUCGUGUAUCUGGGAGCGUCGACGCGGAGCAUGGUGAUGGCGACCAAUCCGACUUGAUCUUUCGCCUCUGGAAAGGGCCGCUGCUCAUUGCAGGAGGCUAUACGGCCCAGGAGGCUCGGAAGCUCGUAGACGAGAAGUACCCUGGCAAGGACAUCGUGGUGAUCUUUGGACGCUACUUCAUUUCGAAUCCAGACCUGGUGUUUAGAAUCUCAAAGGACCUCGCUUUGGACUUGUACAACAGGGAGACGUUCUACACCAACAAGUCGGCGGUUGGAUAUAUAGACUAUCCCUUCAGCAAGGAGUAUAUGACAGCUAGCAUAGCUUGA